AUGGCUCGCAUGCAGAGCGAGAAGAAGAAUGUGGUGCGAUGGAGGGAUCUGCAGCCCAAGAUCAAGUCUAGCACGAAGAAGCUCUCGCACAAGGAGGUCAUUGCGAAGUGGACCAGGGACGGCGGCAAAUUCGGACCUCCGAAGAAGGUUUGGACCAAGGCGGACAUCGACCGCCAUCGGAACGCGAGGAGCGCAGGCGAGGCGAGACAGGACGCGGGCGUGGCCGAGGAAGAGAGCGACGCAAACGAUAUGCUGUUCAAAGCCAGCGACCUCGCGCGGGCUCGCAUGGCCGAGAUGGCAGAGCAGAUGCAGCUCCAGGCGCUGCAGGACCCAGACGACUCCGGAGGGGCCUCGGACGGGGAUGUCGGUGCGAGCCCCGAAGAGGUGCAGGCCCUCGCCGACUGCCGGCGCUCGCAGCUGGACGAGCUCGAGAUGCUCGAGGCGAUGUUCCCUGAGGAGUUUUGCCCGCUGUAUGAUUCGGCGGCCGUGGACGAACUGAAGGCGCGUUCGGAGGUCGAUCCUGCAGAAGGGCUGCGCGCGCUCGCAGCGUACCCUCCGCUGGAGCUGCUGCUGCAGAUGACCGUGCCUGACGAGAGGCCACCCGACGAGACUGGCGGCAAGCAGCUCGUCGCCUCCAUAUUGCUGCGCAUCGCCUUCCCGCCUAUGUACCCCACACCAGGUACCCCGCCAGAGUUUCGUUUUGAGGACGUUAUGAUAACAAACGCGCUCGAUCAGAUCGGCUUCGAUAAGGCCGACCUACGGCGAGACGCGUCAGGGCCGCGCCUCUUCGUGGUCUCCAGGGGCGGCUGCGGGGCCGAUCGCGUCGGGCACGGGUUGACCUCGCCGUCGGUGCCUCUCGGCCCCGCAGCCGCCACCGAGGACGACCCCGGGCACGGGAGGCCGCGCGCCCUCGGCCGCGGUGAGGCUGGCCGGGCGGGCUGCCACCCCUGCGAGCAGGAGUCCCCUCGCGCGGCGGGCUGCGGCCUCUCGCGGCGCCUUCGGCGACGGCGUGCCGGGCGAGGGGCUCGUCAAGGACCUGUGGCAGCGGCGCCUCUUCGUCUCGCUGGCCAUCGGCGCGCUCCUCCUGGCCGUAUGGCUCUUGCAGUUGGCGGGUGGCCUGUCCAGCCUGCAUGCCUUCAACGCCGCGCAGGCGCCCCGGGACAGGCUCCCGGACUCUGCCGCGCUGGAGGGCUGGCUCUUCGGGUCGCACCCCGUGCGCAAGCUCCACGGCGUCCGGGUGGACCCCACCAGGAGCAGCCUGGAGCUGGACCUGAUGAUGGACAGGCCGCUGCUGGCCCAGCGCGGCCACCUCCACCGGCUGCUCACGGGCUGCCUGGUGCACAACGGCAUUUUUCACAUCGUCUUCAACCUCGGCUACCUGUACUCCCUGGCGCCGCUCGAGGUCGGCUCUCCCGGCGCGUACCUCUGCACCUUCCUGCUGGCAGGCAUCGGCGGCAACCUGGCGUUCGCCCGCUUCGGCGCCGCGCGCCGGGGCUUGGGCGCCUCGGGCGCGGUGUGUGGCCUGAUGGGCUUCGAGCUGGUCUGCCGGCUGCGCAACAGGCAGGUGCGGGAGUUCCGCACCGUCAUGCGGCAGGCAUUCGGCAUCCUGGUGCUGGGGGUGUUCCUGCCCGGGGUUGGGAACUGGGCCCACGCGGGUGGCCUCGCCACUGGCGCCAUGGUGGCGCUGCUAACCGCCAGGCGCAGUGGCUUCAGGACAGCCUUGGUCCCCUGGCCGGUGCUGCUGCUGGGGCUGGCGCUGACCCCGUUCG